AUGUCUUAUCAGAAGAUAAAAACUCCUUAUAAAGAUUCCGAGUGGUUAGAAGCUGAGCACUUUUUGAAAUCGAUUAAUCAUGUGCCACUUCAGAAUGCAUUUAAAAUACCAAAAGCAUUAAAAAUAAUCUUACCACGUGGACUGGAAGAACAAGCCCUUGAAAGUCUUGGAUUACCACACGACGAAUACAAUAAACUAAGACUCAUUUUAAUAGAAACCAGGGUAAUUAUGGACGAAGGUAUCACAAAAGCUAAUUACAUAAGUUACUUUCACUACCUGUUAUGGUGGGAGGAGAUUAUUGCCAAAAUUAAUUUAAGAAAAUACAACAUGAGCAAUGUCAAAUUGGAAAAAGACAGUAAAAGUGGUUAUUGGUUAGAAGUACCUGGGUUAGCUGAGAAGAGACCUUCUUUAAUGCGUGGAGAUAGAGUUUAUAUCAGACCAAAGGCCGAUGGAAAAGUCAUAUUUGAAAGUAUAGUUAAGGAUUUGGAAGAUGAUAAAAUUCGUAUCGCUGAUUUCGACGAAAGGCAUUUUAUCUUCGGUACCUUUGUAAUUUUGAAAAUUUUGUUGUACAGUUUUAGCCAGUUUUAUAACGAAGCUGCCGAGUUCGACGUUCGGUUCAUGAUGUGCCGGGUGCCUUUGGAGCGUAUGCACAAAGCCGUGUCACGGGUGUUUAAUUCCAAGCAGGACUGUCGGGUAUUUCCCGAGCCGAACAAGUACAAAAUCGCCGUUAAACCAAUCCCUAAGUAUUAUAAUAGCUUAAUUGAAAGUAAUGAAGAGCAGAUAUCUGCCGUAGAGCAUAUAGUAGCUGGUACUUCUGGUUUUGCUCCUUACAUUGUGUUCGGACCACCAGGUACCGGCAAAACUAUGACUAUCGUGGAAGCCAUUAUACAACUUGUACUCAAGAAGGCAAAUAAUCGUAUUUUGGUUUGCACCAACUCAAACAUGGCUGCUGACCACAUAGCUCUUAUGCUAUUAAAUUAUAACAAACGCCUCAAUAUAAAUAACUUUAUACUUCGUGCCAAUUCACAAACUAGGGAAUGGACUGUGAUGCCAACCGAAUUGCACCCUGUGUCGAAUGGUACCAGCUACGAAAAUUUUUAUGCGGUUGACAACCAUCAGAUGGCUUCCUACCGUAUUGUGGUCACCACGCUGUCUCAUGCUGCUAAAUAUUCUUCGGACAGAAGUCAGCGAACGCACAAGUUGCAAAUGAGCCAUUUGUUCAUUGACGAAGCGGCGCAGGCAUCGGAGCCGGAGGCGCUGAUACCAAUCACCGGUCUGUUAGCGGCCAGCGGUAAAUUAGUGUUGGCCGGUGAUCCAAAGCAGCUGGGGCCCGUUUGUAUAUCGAAAGAAGCGAGCAAACGUGGAUUGGGGAAAUCUCUUCUGCAGCGCCUGAAAGAAACAUACGAUAAUUUGUACGAAAAUGACCCAAAUUAUAUUACUGUGUUAGUGAAAAAUUUUCGAUCGGAUCCUGACAUAUUAAAGUUGCCGAACCAACUGUUUUAUGACAAUAAUUUACAGGUAUACAAAAUGAAAGCUUGGCUCAUUGAUAAUAAUCACGACAAGAUACAGGUUGGUACCGUAGAGGCGUUCCAGGGGAAGGAGAAACGAGUCAUUCUAGUGUCAACUGUACGCGCUAACUGCAAGUUGUUGGAUUAUGACGCUAAAUACGGACUUGGAUUUUUGGUUGACGAUAAAAGAUUUAAUGUAGCUUUGACUCGAGCUAAAGCAAAAAUAAUCAUAGUUGGCAAUCCAGCCUGUCUCACAAGAGACGUGAAAUGGCGACUUUAUAUAGACUUGUGUGAUGAAAACAAAUGUUAUUUGGGUAAGAAAUCUCAGCAACUUGAGAGGAACUCGACUAUGCUUAACGAGAUAGCCAAAAUAAGAUUUGAUAAAUGCCGUAUGACAGAUGAACUGAAAGCCAUUAAAAAUAAGAACGGCGAAAAUAAGUAA